AUGUCAUCCGUUGUUGCAGCUCACUCCGAGUCAGCGCUCGGGGCGUCUACCUCUGGAGGCGACGACGCAGCCGCCGUCGCCUCGAGUGGUGCGAUAGAACCUCCCGAUAACAGUACAAGUCUCCACGCUGUGUCUGAAGGUCUGCGCAGCCUCGCCAUCUCCUCCAGCUCCCCUAGCGCUACCCCCGCCAUCAACGAGGAUUCUCAAUCCAAACCUGGCUCCUCGUUCCCACCACCGGCAUCUUCAUCCAAGCUGGCGGAUCGUCUCACGCAUUCGAACCUUCCAAUGCACCUCCCAGCUGCUGCUUCCUUCUCCACAAGCCCCUCUAGCCGAUACGGCCGUCAUUUUGCCAUGUCCAACUCCAGCUCCCUCGACUCGCAGCUCAACUAUGACAGCUACCUCGGUGUGCCAGCAAGCCCGAGCAUGAGCGAAGGCCUCACGGACAGUCCAGGCAGCGUGUCCAGCGUGUCCAGCUUCCGACGCGGCGAUCUCGCCGACAUUGAGGAUCUUGACCUCGAACCCGAGCUCGAGACCGUCAGUGAAUGCGACGAAGAGUCCAGCAGCCUCUGCUCCCUCGACAUUGGCAUCGACCUAGAUUCAGACUCGGAGCGGGCGAGCUCACAUGGCGGUGACCACGACCACCUACCUGCAAGCGCCUUGGCUCUUGCCCUCGCCUCGUCUCACUCCUCUCGCCACGCUCCUCACCGACCCGCUUCCCAGGGUACAGCUGCAUCUGACUAUGCCCGUCGAAAGCGCAGCGAGUGGUUACUCAACAACUAUGCCAACAAGAUCGCUGCCCGCCGCCCUCGCCGUGUCAAAAAGGGGCGCAUCUCUGAGAUCGUCGAAGAAGGCGGCGAGGCCAUCAACACCACCGUAAUGCCCAAGCCCUCCUUCCCCUCGGGUGGCUCCGAUUGGUCUUGCGAGGUUUCAGGUCCACCCCUUGCUCCUCCACGAAGCGUGAGCCCCUCUGACACGGUACCCACCAUUCCAUCACCGCUGUGUUCGUGCGUCAGCGCCGAAAGCGCUCCCACCGCUGCUGCGACCGGCCUAGAGGAGAGUGUCGAGACCAUCAAAGACGACCGAGAAGCAGUCAAAGUGCAAGAACAUACGGCAUCGAGUCUGGAUGCAAAGCGUCCCGAAACCUACAUCGAACCGGCAGCGCGAGCGAAAAGCGACGGAGCGACGGAACGUCCGCACCAGACGGAAUCUGAGCCCUCGCCUCCUCGUCUCUCGCGAUCGUCGAGCCGACGCAACUCGUCGCCGGUCAAGCCGACCAAGCUGCGUCCCUGUUUCCGACGGCAGUCUUCACAUCAGUCGGGCGCGUCAACGCGAGAGUCAUCCUGUGAGCGCGAGUCGACACGGGGUCGAUCCGUGCGCUUCAGCAGCAGACCUCCCCAGGAGCUGCGUACCCAUAGCCCCGUCGAAUACGAUCGCAAGAGCUGCCCUGUCAAUAAUCGACUCAGUCCCGCUGAUGUCGAGGAGCUGAGGACCAUGAAAAUGGAGAUGGGGCUCUUGGAAGCAAGGUGGGCAGCGGUGGCUGCAUGCAAGCCCAGAAAGGUGGCAGGCACCGAGGGCACCACCAAGCCCGAAAACCACAACGCUUACAAUGCCGGCAUCGCUGCCAUUUCCGCCUCGCAAGAGCGUACACCUGCCUGCGGUGCUGAGUCAGACUCGACGCUAGGACCAGGCUCAGUAACCAGUCCUGCGGCGCGCUUGCGCCAUCAGAAGGAGCGCGAGCGUCAACAGGAACGUCAGCGCAACCUGCCACACUACAUGCGUAAUCGACCCGGGCUCUCCUCGACCCAGACCGAGCCGCUUUCGUCCGAGGCUCUCUCGAUACGAAGCAAGUUUGGACAUGCACCUCCGCCUCCGCUCCCGGGUAUGCCGUCAGCGCGCCCUUCGUCUGCAUCACCGAGUCGCUCCACUUCGGUUCCACCUAGAAAUCGCGCUGGUCUGGAAGAGGCGUCCGCGCCUCGCCGCAUGAGCUGCCAAUCCAUACCCACGUCUAGCAUGCCGGCGCCCCACCCAGCCGACCUGCCUGUACCCGUGCUGACCCAAACCAGUCCAUCGCCACCGUCGUCGCCGCGAUCGAGCCUGCACAAGCACACGCCUCACGCGCUACGCUUGUCGGAACGUGGCCGACCAGGAUACGGUGCAGCGGCUCCAUCGGCCUCGCCAUGGUCGACCGCAUCGAGCUCGGCGACAUCUUCGAUCUACUCGAGCACGUACUUCCCUAGUGCCUCGGCAUCGCCCACGCCCUGCGUGAACUAUCACGGAAGCAACGGCUACGACAGCCCUGCCUCCGAGUUCUACGAAAGCGGUAGCGAGUAUGACAUGGUCUGCUGA